AUGGGUUCUCAGAUCCCCAAUCUCCCUGCACCCGUCGACCACCCCGACUCGAUGCUGUCCCGGAAGUUCGGACGGGAGACCGUCAACUACUUCGCCGGCAGCGCCCUCAAUCGUGUUGGCUGGCUGCGGACCGACCACACCUUUAUCAGAUCCGCUUUCCAGGCCAAGGAGACCAACUUCAUGCUCCUCAAGGACCUCAGCCCUUUGACCAGCGCCCCCUCAAAACUCGCAUUCGUGUCUUUCGACGAUGUCAAGUCUGUGACCUCGGAGGACCCCUUUGGGCCUUCCGAGGAGGACCUUAUCAAGAACUACGACUCCUCCGUCUCCCGCCCGCUCAUCAUCUUCCUCGGCUUGGAGGAGGGCGCCAAGGUCCCGUUUGAGUACAAGGGUCUCCAGGGCCGUCCUUGGUUUGCCGUCGACGUGACCCCCAAGGGCCCGUACGCAGAGGCUGCCAACCAGCUCAUCGAGGCCCAGUCUGCCAAGGGCAACACCUUCCUCCAGGGCACCAGGCACAUCACCCUCGAGCCGGAUGCUGCCGGCAUCUACGCCCAGGCCAGGUCACUUGCUGACUGGAACUCCCGCAACAAAUUCUGCGCAGGCUGCGGGCAAACCACCCUGUCAGGGAACACUGGCUACAAGCGCCUGUGUCCUCCCACGGAUCUUGCCGGAACCAAGGCUGCGCUUGACAGGCCCGAAUGCCCCACGCGCGGCGGUGUCUCCAAUAUCAGCUUCCCCAGGACAGACCCGACCAUGAUCGCCGCCGUCGUCUCUGCCGACGGCCAGAAGGUUCUCCUUGGUCGCCAGAAGAGGUGGCCUCCCCACUGGUACAGCACCCUCGCGGGCUUCAUCGAGCCCGGCGAGUCCAUCGAGGAGUCUGUCCGCCGCGAGGUUUUGGAGGAGAGUGGUGUAAGAGUUGGCAGAGUCGUCAUCCACUCGAGCCAGCCGUGGCCGUACCCUGCCAGCUUGAUGAUCGGUGCCAUCGCCCAGGCCCUUCCUGAUGGCGAGACCAUUGACCUCGGAAACGACCCCGAGCUCGAGGACGCCCAAUGGUUCCCUUUCGAGACUGUGAGGGAAGCGCUCAAGACCGGCGUGAGCGGCCUGGGAGAGGCGGCACCCGAGGGAUACAAGGAGGGCAGCCUCCGUCUGCCUCCCCCCACGGCCAUUGCCAACCGUUUGAUGACUGCGGUGAUUGAGGGAUACGCAACCACCAUCCCCAAGAUGGCUGAAGAGCCGCCAACGCAAAGUCCCCUGAAACCCCUGCACUGCCCCCACCGAUGGCGCUACGGACAGCGUGUCAGCGCCGGAGGACAGCACCAAGCUCCAGCGCCAGCUCCCGUUCCAAGCUCCAUCCACCUCACCUCCAUCGUCCCCAUCCCGCCCUGCGCCGCCAACGAAGCCUCCGUCGCCGAUAACCUGCCACGCCGCCCCGCCCGCCCUCGACCGCGCGACGAGCUUGUCCGCAAGCCACCGCUGCCCAUCAUGUAUCACCUCGCAAAGGGCCUCUACCUCUUGGCCACCAGUAAAGAAGAGUACUCCGUCAUCCUUCUCGGCCUCGACAACGCCGGCAAGACCACCUUCCACGAGCAGGUCAAGUCGUUCUUCCUGCCCUCGCACCCGGACCCGAAGCUCAAGACCGUCCCGACCGUCGGCCAGAAUGUCUCAACCAUCACCCUGCCGGACAUGUACCUGAAGAUCUGGGACGUCGGCGGCCAGCACUCGCUGCGCCGGCUGUGGCAGAGCUACUACGCCUCCGCGCACGCCAUCGUGUUCAUCAUCGACUCGACCGAUAUCGGCGACGGGAAUCUGGAGCACGACAGCUCGGGGCGUCUGGAGGAGUGCCGCCUGGUGCUGGAGGACGUCCUGCAACACUCCGAGACGGAGGGCGUGCCCGUGCUGGUGCUGGCCAACAAACAGGACCGGGAGGAUUGUGUCGAGGUUGUCAGGAUCAAGGAGGGGCUGGUGAAGAAGGUGUUUGAGGGCGAGAAGGCGAGCAGCAUCCGCGACUCGAGGGUGCUGCCCGUGAGUGCGCUGACGGGGACGGGCGUGAAGGAGGCGGUGGAGUGGGUGAGGUCGCGAGUGAAGUGGAACAAGGAGUCAAGGCCACCGGUGAUGCGGUGA